CGAUAUCAUUUGAUCGAGAAUCUUCACUUUGGCUUCAUUAAAGGUAGCCUUAUUUCUAAAUAUCAAAUAGGAUAUAUCGAGUAUACGCAACACAACUUUCCACGGACCAAAACCAACCAUUCACUCAUUUCCCCCAAUCCCAAGAACCGCCAUGUUCUGCCGCACGCUCUCCAGACGUGCUUCAGCACAAGUCCCAGUCGAAUUGACAGGCGCAACCGGAGCCCACUACACCGCGCAAACCCUCCUCAAAUACGCCCCGAGACCGGCUGCGUAUGGGUAUCCACCCACGACCAAAAGCACUAAGUCCUCAAAGACGUGCAUCCCAAGCUCAUGUCGAACUGGAAUUCCAACAUAAAGCCACGACUUCAUGAUACCCCUCAAUUACGACUCCCCGUUGACCACAUCCCCGAGAAGAACGUCCUGGUGUUUAAGUACAUGACCAACGACCUUCUCUCACUUGUCCACAAAGCAAUCCCCGUAAAGGCUACCAAACAAAUCCUCAAAGCGACACUCAAAGGAAUCGUGCAACUACACGAAGCCGAUGUUUUACAUCUCGAUGUCAAACCAGGUAACGUCUUAAUCGACUACCAGGAAAGCGAAGACGGUAUCGUUGUCAGCGACGUCGCACUCACGGAUCUAGAGACUGCGGUUUAUAUCCCCCCCGGUAAAGCCCUCCGCGGCGCUGUGAGGGGGAACGAGAAUUGGAGGAGCCCGGAAAUGCAUUUUAGAGCUGAGGUGUACAAGCCCGCUGAUAUGUACGCUUUCGGCGCUGUUUGUGUUUAUGCCAUGCUCAACAAAGUCCUCUUCGGCCUGGACAACGACUUCCAGCACCACGUGCGGAAGGGCGCAGAACCUGACCCGAUUCGAUUGCAGCGGCAGGUGUCGUACUUCGGAACACAGGAGGAGCUCGAUGGGUUAAUGACGAUUCUUCGCGACGACGAUGAACGCAGCUGUACGGUGCUGUCGAUGCUUUGGGAGGACCGGUAUGCGGAGUACCACGCGUACAGGCCGUUCGAUGAGUGGCCGGAGGUUACGGAUGAGGUGUUUAAAGAUCUGAUGAGGGAGUUGAUGACGCUGAGUCCGCUCAAGCGUAUGAGUGCUCAUCAGGCGGUUAGGCAUCCUUGGUUUGCGGAUGUGUGA